AUGGAAGAUGACAAGACAAAGAGAAUCGGAGGUACAGGUGGAAUUAUUAAAGAGUUGCUGAAUAUCUUUUUCAGGGAAGAGAUGCCAUCAGAUCAAGUGCAUGUUAGAACUGUAGCUGGUGAAGCAUUAGUCAUGCUUGCGUGGGAGACCAAGCAGAACUAUAACUGUAUCUUGAAACUAGGAGGAAAAGAGAAGCUUGUGAAAGCAUUAGAAGAUCCACAAGUUCGUUUUAAUGCUGCAAGGAUAUUCAGAAAUGUGUGCACCAAUAGUUCAGAGGAUUGCUUCAUGGAGCUAAGGAGAGUUGGUGCAGCAGGACCCAUGGUUCUUAAGGGAAUCAUUACAGACGAAGACAAACUACAGGAAGUAACAGUUGGAUUAGCAGCAAGAGCUUUCAAGUUCAUCACUUACUCCGAAUCGAGUGCCACGUUCGAGCAAGCUGGAAUUAAAGAAAGUCAGAUAGCAAAUGUACUAGUACAGAUUCUGAGGAAACACAUACCCACCUGCUAAAUACGCAGGUUUAACAUUGAACUCGCAAUUCGUAUGAUGCAAGAAAAGGAAACUAACGUUCGAAUUUUCAAAAAUCUAGGACUACAGAAUCAGUUGGAGAAUUUUUAGAAAUAACGUCAGAGCUUGAGCGCUUUAACAUAU